CGGCACGGCACGGCACGGCACGGGCAGGGCACGGCACAGACACGGCUCGGCUCGGCACGGCACAGACACAGACACGGGCACAGACACUGGCACGGGAUCGCCCUCUGCUCCUGCUCCGGCCCCAGAGCCCCCCGCACCCUCGAGUUCAUCCUUGGAUGUCUGUGUUUCCUGGCUGAAGCUGUUCUCCAAAACGGCUCUGGAACAAAAAGCCGAGGAGCCUCUGCUACAGUGAUUAUCCUUGGAUCACGGCACUCCUGGAAAAUCUACACGUACAGAAUAAGCAGGAAGCGCCCUGGCGUAGCAUGAGCGCCGCUGGCCGUGGGGGCCAUGCCCUUCUCCAACAGCUCUGAGCUCAGCCCGUCCUUCCUGCUGGCCAGCCUGCCGGGGCUGGAGGCGGCGCAGUGCUGGAUGGCCAUCCCGCUGUGCUCGGCCUACGUGCUGGCGCUGGCGGGCAACGGCGCCGUGCUGCUGGUGGUGCGCCUGGAGCCCAGCCUGCACGCGCCCAUGUACUUCUUCCUCUGCAUGCUGGCCGCCAUCGACCUGUCCCUGGCCACCGCCACCGUGCCGCGCAUCCUCUCCUUCUACUGGUUCGGCAGCCGGGAGAUCAGCUUCGCCGCCUGCCUGCUGCAGAUGUUCCUCAUCCACGCGCUCUCGGCCGUCGAGUCCACCGUGCUGCUGGCCAUGGCCGUGGACCGCUACGUGGCCGUGUGCCACCCGCUGCGGCACGCCGCGGUGCUCACCGCCGGCGCCACGGCCAAGAUCGGCCUGCUGGCCGUGGCCCGCGGCGUGCUCUUCUUCCUGCCGCUGCCCCUGCUCCUGCUGCCGCUGCCCUUCUGCGGCCCCCGCGUGCUGUCCCACUCCUUCUGCCUGCACCAGGACGUGAUGAACCUGGCCUGCGCCAACACCACCCCCAGCGUGGUGUACGGGCUCACGGCCAUCCUGCUGGUCAUGGGGCUGGACGCCGUGCUCAUCUGCCUCUCCUACAUCCUCAUCCUCAAGGCCGUGCUGCGCCUGGAGGCCUGGAGGGAGCGGCUCAAGGUGUUCAGCACCUGCAUCGCCCACAUCUGCGUGGUGCUGGCCUUCUACGUGCCCCUGAUCGGGCUGUCCGUGGUGCACAGGUUCGGGAAGGACCUGGCUCCGCUGGUCCACGUCAUCAUGGGCAACGUCUACAUCCUGGUGCCCGCUGUGCUCAACCCCAUCAUCUACGGGGUGAGGACCAAGCAGAUCCACAGGAGGAUCCUGAGCUUGAUCCACGUCACUGACAGAACUCCCCGCUGAGCCGAGCUCGGCCGCUGCCCCCCGUGUCCUCGCUCUGCUCAUCCUGUCUUACACUCAGAGUCUUUGGUGCUGGACUGUCCCCUCUGUGUGCUCUGAGGUGCUGCCACCAAAAACUGGUUGUAAACUCCCUCCGAGAGUGUUUGCCCCCACCAAACUUAGGGACAAACGCCUGCAAUCAUCUGAGUCCAAGCCCCACCUGUCAUGUUCCACAAGAAGGGAAAAGUGACCCAGAAAACUUAGACAGAUGUCCCAACGUUGCACCUCUUGGUUCCCCUCUCACCUCUGACAGCGGCAGAGCAGAGCAAAUGCUGGAUGGUUUGGGAUGAUUUACUUAAUUCUUUGUUUUCACGUGGGGCACAGUCACAUUCCAGAAGUUUUGCCAGAAAAUUUGCACAUAGCAUCAUUCUGUAAGUAAAAUAAUUAUAGUAAAAUAAUUACAGUAAAAUAAUUACCCGCCUGAAGUGACAUUACAGAUGCAGAAAUGCAUUUCAGAGAAGAGCAUCCACCUCUGUGGUCUUGUUCUGCCCCGUUGUGUGCUCUGUGUCUCUGGGACAGGUCCAAGUGCUCAGGGGCUCUUGUCCAUGGCUUUGGAUGGGGGAUCUCACCAAAAUGCCAGGGCCUCCAGGGCUGCAAUAUCUGGUGGAGUUUGGUGCAGUUUCUUCCCUGUGCCAACGAGUGCUGAGAGUAAAACGCCUCAUUUUUGUAGUCUGUGCCUGUACAGCUUCAGUCUCGGUAUAACCUUCACUGCUAAAUUCAACCCCAAUUUAUUUCAAAAUAAAUUCUUUCAUUUAGGUGAGUUACAAAAGGUUCUCCUCUGGGACUUCAAGGCAAUCCUGUUCCCUGUCAUUUUUGGCAUAUUCUGGUUUAAUAGAUCUUAGAAGGGUAAAAAAGUUUCAUAAAAAUGAAAACAAUCUGUACCUGCCUGAUGUGAUUUGGGAAAUGUGAAUGAAUUUUUCAGAAGCAUUAUGGGUCUAAACCCUUUCCAGGUGGCCAUGGCACUGACAAAUGGCUCCUGCCAUUUCCCAUAUGUUCCUUCUUUUCCUUUUGUGCCAAGAAAAAAAUUAAUAAAGAAAAAUGAAUGAACCACCCAGGAAUGCUGUGUUGUA